CAGGUACAUUCCACAAAUGAACAAGACCUACGACAAAACCUUUUCAAAUGGUGGUUGGGAGAGGAAAGAAACACGACCAAAGGAGCUCUAAGGGAAGUUGUCCCAUGAAUUAUCAUGUGGUUUGUAUGGAAAGGCUACAAUCACACAAUUUGGGACAACAAACCUUUCUCAACAAAGCAGACCACAACAAAAAUCAAGAAAUACAUAUUCCAAUGGUGCACAGUCAAAUCAAAGACCAAAUACAUACAUUUUGAAAAGAACUAUUCACACAACAACUUAUGCCUUACAUCAAAACAAAAAAAAAACAAAACAGGAAGGUCAAUGGAACAUCACCUCUCAAAAAUACAAGCAUUACUCACCUCAGUAAAAACAGCAACAGAAAUGGGUUAUGCGGAAUUUGAGGUCCAAACAGAUUCAGAAAUAACCGUACAAGCAACACAAGGAAGAAAGAAAAUACCUGCAGAAUACCAAGACGAAAUCCCAAGAAUCAGGCACCUGCGAGACAGCUUCCGGCUAAGGAUCACCCACAACUACAGGGAACAAAACCGAACAGCUCACGAACAAGAACAAGAUGGAUUAAACAGAAUCGGAAUAAUGUUCCACCCAACCCAAAAUCUGCCGCUUUCAGUACUGUCGGCUUACCAAGACGACCUCAAAGGAAGGACUCGAUUAUGUGAUGCUGGCUAAACGACCUACAAAUUACAUGAGAGCGUAUCAAAGAAUAAGGUGAUUUGGAGGUCAUCUUCUAGGGGUGCACCUUUCGGUAUUUAUCUUUUAAUUUUUUUGCGGGCACUUUUGAAAAUUGGAGUUACUUUUAACCGUUUUUCUUAGACGUUUUUAACGGCGUGACCCUCUUGUGAUAACGGAAUUCAAACACAUGACCACUUUGAUAA